AUGAAGAUUUAAGUUUAGGACUUGUACAAAAAAAGAUAACCGAAUAUUUACAAGUUCUCUUGCAUCAUUUCGAUGAAUCAGUCUGUUGUAAUAAUAUUAAUCAAUACCUUGAUGCACCAUUAUUAAAGAAAUUGCCAGCCAACUACUUUUACUGUUGUAAUUAUCCUGAACUUCUUGAUUACAGAGAGACCAGCCGUCUUCCUGAUUUAUGUAAUGUUGUUGAUAAUGUUAUGGAUUCCUAUGAGGAAAAGCCAAACCAGGAGACAGAAGCCAAUGGUAAAUGGAUAUUAAUUGAUUUUGAGGAAGCUGCCAAAAUUGGAGAAGAAAGGUAUAGUCCAACUGCAAUUGAUGCUUUAGAUGAAGAAACGGAAUCAGAUAAUUUAAUGGGAUAG